AUGGUGGACGCUUCCGAGGUGGCGGACGAGGGUGCACAGCUAACAUGCAAGUUCGUCACGAAGCUCCCGAAGGAGCUGCGGGUGCCUGAAGCUGCCCUGACCGUGCCAGCCAACCUCACCCGGUAUGGCCUGUCGCAAAUCAUCAACCACUUGCUGGACCUGGAGAUGGCCAAACCAUUUGACUUCCUGAUCAACCACGAGCUGCUGAGGGGGACGCUGCAGGAGCACCUGUCUGCCCGCGGAGCCUCGGCCGAGGUGGUCACUGAGAUCGAGUACAUCCCCCUGCAGCUGCCGCCCAGCCCCGGCCCCCGCACCCCCCACGACGACUGGAUCGGAUCCCUGGUCGGCGGUGCCCAGGGCCUCAUCAGCGCCAGCUACGACGGCGCCGUGCGGUGCGUGCGCAGCGACGGCGGCGUCGCCUCCGUGUUCGUGGCGAGCGCGCGCCCGCUCAAAGCCCUGGCGGUGGGCGGCCUGGGCCUGGCCGCCGCCGGCGACGAGGGCUGCGUGGGCGUGUGGGAGCUGGGGCCUGGGGGUGCCGUGCCGGCGGCCCCCCGGCAGCUGGUCAGCCUGAGGGGGCACACCGACGCCGUGGCGGCGCUGGCCUUCUCCCCGGACUCCGCCCUGCUGGCCUCCGGCGGCUGGGACCGGGGCCUGCACCUGUGGCGGAGCGCCGACGCGGCCGAGGCGGCCGCGUCGGGCGCGCCCGCGCCCGCGGCCGCAAAGAAGCGGCGGGUGGGCAAGGCGGAGGGCGCGGAGGCGGCCGCACCCGCGCCGGUGCUGGACGCCAGCGCCGCCGAGCUGGCGGGGCACACCGGCGCCGUGUCCUCGCUGAGCUGGACACGGGAAGGCCGGCUGGCGAGCGGCUCCUGGGACCACAGCGUGCGCAUCUGGGACGCAGAGACGGGGGCGGGCGUGGACACGCUGACCACGGGCAAGGCGCGGGGGGAGGACGUGGCGCCGCAGCGCCUGCGCGGCCACGCCGGCUGGGUGUCGGCGCUGUGCUGGCACGGCGGGCGGGAGCACCUGCUGGCCUCCGCUUCGCACGACGGCACGGCGCGGCUGUGGGACGUGCGGGCCAGCAUCCCGCUGCACACGCUGGCGGGUGAGGGGAAGCUGCUGGCCGCUGCCUGGGCGGGGCAGGUGCUGGGGGUGGGCGGGGAGGGCAGGGAGGUCGUCACCCACACACUCUGA